AUGAGACAACGAAGGUCUGUAGUAGCAGUUAGCGUAAAGCCCAAAGGCUUCAAAUUGGGGCAUAAACAGGGUUCCAUGUCUACGACGUCUCCACCUCCAUCCUCACCAGAUGGAAAUGUGAGUACAUCAGGACCGUCAGCUAUUAAGUUAUCCAAGAAUUGGGAGUUACCACAGCGCCUAAAACCGGGCCGCAAACCGAAAUCCAAGCGCGGGGAUGCAUCAGCUAAUAAUGAUGGAUCGUCCAAGAUAAAGAAGGUUCAAACUUCCAACCAGAAAGACCAAAUGACCACAAAAGAUCAUGAGAACGAAGGCGCAAAAGGUCAUGAGGGGAAAUCUGAUGAUGAAGGCAACGGAAGUGGUGAUGAAAACGGUGUCGAUAGCGUGGAAAAGCGAAGGAGGCAAAAUAGAGAUGCGCAAAGAGCAUAUAGGGAACGCAGAACAACAAGAAUCCAGGUUCUGGAAGAGAAGGUUGAGAUGCUACACAAUUUGGUCGAUGAUUGGCAAAGGAAAUAUAAACUGCUGGAAUCUGAGUUUUCCGAUACAAAGGAAAACUUGCAAAAAUCAAUAGCAUUAAACAACGAAUUGCAAAAAGCCUUGCCUUUGAUUGUUAAUACUCCAUUUCAACAGCAGCCAGAAAACCCGCCAGACAAUCCUAUUUCGAUAUUAGAAAUGGUAGAAAACUUUAAACCAAUCGGCGCUGUCAGUUUAAAAAAAGGAAAGCUGAAGGCCCAUUGUUAA